UUCGCGACCGCAGAGGCGCAGAACGGCGGAAGCCAGUUCAGGCUUGCAGCUCUGCAGCAGCCUCGCUCCCCGGUGCAUGCACCGCCGCAUCGAGCCCGGCCGCUCCUCCGCUCCCACCCCAUGGCGACGAAGCAGGCGGCGGCGGGCGAAGCCCUCGCAGCCCAGAUCAACGCCAUGACCCGCUCCGAGAUGUACGACAUGAUGUCCCAGAUGAAGGCCAUGAUCGACCACAACCAAGAGACGGUGCGCCGGAUGCUCGUCGACAACCCGGACGUCACCCGCGCGCUCUUCCGGGCACAAGUAGUACUUGGAAUGGUGAAAAUGCCUAAAACUGCACAAUCUACAGACGUGGCCCAACCCACAGUAGCGCCGACAGCACCUUCACCAGUUAAAGCUGCCGCGCAAGAUCAUGUUAGCUUGCCCCAACCCUCAUUACCUGCUAACCCGCAGAGUGUCGCUCAACAUUCUGGCUCAUUUCCAUCUGCCUCUUCUAAUGUGGCAUCAAGCAUGGACCUUCCUCCUAUGUCAGCAAACCCACCACAAUCAGCCCAGGCAAAAGGAUACCCGUUCCAUCAGAUGCCUUCUGCAUCAGCUCCUCAGUCAUCUCAAAAUCCAAAUAUGACCCUCCCUCAUGCCCCUCCACAGUAUUCCAAUAUUCCAUCACAUAUGCCUGUAGUUCAUAGUCAGCCACAGCAACCUUUGCAAAAUCCUGCAAUAUUUAAUCAGCAGUUGCAACCACCUUUGCCCCAGUUGCCUAGGCCACCCUCCAUGCAGUCCUUUGCACAUCAGAUGCAUCCGCAAGUACCCAAUUCAUUUGGUUUGACUCAUGCAAAUGCUCCUCAGCACAUUUUGCAACAGCAGAUGUUUCAUCAGAUUGGGAAUCCUCAAACUUCUUUCCUUUCCGGCCAACCACCAUUACCUAACCAGCCACCACCACAGCUAUACCAGGCUAGUUCGCACUACAAUUCUCAAAGUUUGACGCCCAUGCAAGUUGAUAGGCCAAUUCCGUGGGGACAGGGUCCAGAAGCACCCGCUGCUGGCUCCCAUUUCCCUGGACAAUUGCCUGGGUUGCCCGGACAAAUGACCCAAGGAAUUGGUGGUAUCCAGACUGGUCAAGCACCUUUGACGCCUGAGAUGGAAAAGAUGCUUGUCCAGCAAGUCUUGGGCAUGUCGCCCGAACAGAUCAAUAUGCUGCCGCCAGAACAACGGCAACAAGUGCUUCAACUACGAGACAUGCUACGGCAAUGAUAGAUAGAUCGGCAGCUGACCGGGUAGAAGAAUUUCAAUCUAAAGCUCUGCGGUCCGUGCUCGUCCAGCUCUGCGGUCCGUGCUCAGCUCAUGCUGCGGCACCCUUUUGUUGUUAGCCUUUGUUUCACCUGAUUGAGAUCCCGACUAGUCUAAAGCCUUGGAAAUGUGAUUUGUAGAGUGCUAAUCCUGGUCGUCAUUUAUAGAACGCUUAGACAUUGUAUUAUGUUUUGGCGCUGACAAAUAAACGGCAUGUUUCCGUCCUGUUUUGCCGCUACAAUGGCAGCCGUGUUAAAUUGAUUUUUGAAUUCCAGUUAUUCUCUGCU